AUGUCACCCGAAAUGUUAAUGCAGCCCUUUGAGCAAUCCUUCAACGCAAUGUCGCCUGCUACACCACAAGGUUACUAUGGUAACCAUCUUGUCAACACGAUGGAAUCAGCACUCAAUGACAACAGCUACUUUUUGGGUUAUCCUCAGCAUUAUUACCAACACCAAGCCUACCCAUAUCAACAGCAGCAGCAACAACAACAGCAUCAUAUGGACGCCAAUGGUGAUUUCAGACCUUCGUUCUACAAUCCCUUUGAAAUCAAACAUCGCAGACGCACAUCUCGCGCACAGUUAAAGGUCCUUGAAAAGUCCUUUUCAGAAAACCCUAAACCCAAUGCGACAGUUCGCCGCAUCCUUGCACAGAAACUCGACAUGACUCCUCGUGGCGUGCAGAUUUGGUUUCAAAACCGUAGAGCCAAAGCUAAAUUAUUAAGACGCAAAUCAGGACAAGACGGAAACGAGCAAGAAGAAGAACAAGACGCUGAAAAAGAGUCUAAACCACAACAGCAUCAGGAUGCCUCGCCCGUGUUAUUCACGCAAUUCUUCAACAACCUCAAGACCUGGGAUAGCAACAAUGCGCGCUCCUUGGCAAAGGCUGCUGCUGCUUCUUGCAUAUUUGACAAUGACAGCUGCGACUUGUUGAAUGGACAACAGCAAAUGAUCAAGUUUCCUAUUCACCCUUUGGCACCUGUCAUUGAUCAAUCCAACUGCUCCUCAUCAGCACCAGAAGAUGAAUUUGGCUUUAUGAACAUGGAAGAUUGGAGAAGAAAAUCAUGUCCUGCCUUGGGCACCCUGGCUGAACAACAGCAACCCUUUUUUCAGAUGGAUCCUACUGCCAUCACACACCACACUAAUAUGAACAGACGCAUGACAGCAUUUGAUGAGACAGACGCCACCAAGCAUCACUUUGUCCAGCCUUUCCCCAUCAUGAAAUCCUCCAAUAGUGAAUGUAGCACACCUCGAUGGAAUAGCACAUCCUCUUCAUCCACAUCUUCCUCCAGCCAUAGUCCAUCCAACAUGGACUUUUACAGUAUCAACUACUCUCCCAUGCCACAACAACUCACACCUAUGCUCUCCACUGGCUCGCCGGUAUCCUCUCUUGAUGGCAGCGGCUACUAUGAUUCCUGUCUCGAUUUACUCAUGAACUGCAGCCCAUCCACCAACGACAAGUAA